AUGCCUCCAAGAGUUCGAGGACGUGGCAAGGGUCCUAUGCGUGGAGGACCAUCAUCAGCAGGACCGUCCCAUAGGCGCACUCCAUCAGCGUCUUUCUCCACCUCUGAUUCUCGUGACUUGUGGGGUCAGCCAAUUGAGCCAGCAAGGCAUUCUGCCUCGCUAAGCUCAUCACCUUCUUUUCACCCGUCCUUUGGACCUUUUGCUCCUCAUGAACCCCAACAUUCGCAUCACUCUCAACAAUCUCACCACUCUCAAGAAUCCUACCAUUCGCAUCAUUCGUUGCAAUCCCACUCUUUUCACCAUUCCGAGUCUCUAUACUCUCCGGGACAGUUCAACCCAGCUGAUUAUGUCAACGACUUUCUUGGCUAUAACCCAUUGGGCCCUGAAGACCAUUUUCCUCAGGAAAUGGAAACGGAUGAUGACCCCGAUCCUGAAAUGCAAACAGGAACCCCGGGUCACCCUAUUAGUAUAUCUAGUGGGUCUUCGUUUCAGGGAUCACCAUACAGUGGACCUGACUCAUUCCAGGAGAAAAUGGCUACCUACGACUGGUUCUUUACCCCAUCUUACCAUAGCUCUCCAUCCCAACCACCAUUGGAUGACCCACAACUUCAAGCUAUCUCUCCACCACCACUUCCGGUGGAGGAGCCACCGCAGCAGCCACCGCCGCCUCCUGAGCCUCCGAGGCAAAAGAGGAACGCUCGCAUGUCCGUGAGAGGAGGACCCCGUUUUAGUUCUCCUCGUGGUUCGAGUCCCUAUCCCCCUAUUCCAGAGGACCCCCAGUUGGGUGGACCCUCAAAUAUGGCACCGGAGGCAAAUCCUCCGCAAGCCUCUCAUGCACCAUCUCAGCCACCAGAGGGAUUUGAUAACCCGAUCCCGACGUACCCAGAUCCUUUCGGGUACAAUCCUUUUGAGAACCCAACGGGAUACCCCUCAGAUUAUGUGUCUCAAGAUCCAUAUCUUACUGCUGCUCAAUACCAUCACCUUUAUCCUUCUUCUUACCCUUCUAUGCAUCCAACGGUGUUUCCAGGUCCAAGUUACCAACAACCGUCCUACCAGCCGCCUCCUUCCCAACAACUUCAGCAACAGCAGCAAACCCAGGAAAUCCUGGAAAGGCUAGAUAAAGUUGAAAACAAGGCUAAGAAGAAUAAGGAAAGACAUAAUAGCUUUAUGAAAGGCCUUGCGAACCUUAUUAAAGGGAAGAAAAAGUAG